AUGAAGCCACCCUGUCCAGAGCGCGGCAAGCUUGGAUGCUCUAAGAAAUUCUCUGAAAAUCAAAGAGCUAAACUGUUUGCGGAUUAUUGGGGGCUAGGCAUAUUUCAGCGCCAGCGCGAUUUCUUGGGCUCAUGCGUUGAAAAACUGAUCACAAAUUAUAGACGAAUAACAUCCGCAGAGGCUAGGAAUCCAAACCGUGCUUUCUAUUUGACAAAGGACGAUGAUGUCAGUAAAGUACGUGUACGUAAAACAUUUCUAAUCAGUACAUUUGGAAUAACCGAGCAAACUCUCCAAACGGUAAUUCACAGUAAAGUUACUGGAAGUGGAAUCAUCGCUCAAGACCAACGUGGCAAGCAUGGAAGACAUUUGAAAAUUGACCAAGAGAUUCUGGAAUCAGUAAUAAUUCAUAUAAAGGGAAUACCAAGAGUGGAAAGCCACUACCUACGUGCUCAAACUUCAAGAGAGUUCGUAGAUGGGGGGCUUAGUAUUGCAGAACUGCGUAGGCAUUACACUGCUGGACGGCGUUUGAACAACAGAGAAGCAGCAAAUUAUGACACCUACACUCAUCUUUUUAAUACGGAAUUUAACAUAGGAUUUUUUGCACCUCGGAAAGAUCAGCGUGACAUAUGUGAAGCGUACAAAAAUGCAAGUAAUAAAGAAAAAGAAGAUUUAGAGACAAAUUAUGAAAUACACCAAGAAGAAAAAAUGUUGAGUAGAAAUGAAAAGGCAAAAGAUAAAGAACAAGCAGAGAAAGAGGGAUCAACAAUAGUAUUAGCUGUUUAUGACUUACAAGCAGUACUUCCUGUUCCUACAAGACAAACGUCAGCUUUCUUUCACAAGUCGAGACUAAACUGUUACAAUUUUACAAUAUCUGAAAUAACAAAGGACAAUAAUGUAUGUUUUUUCUGGCACGAGGGAUUAGCUCAGCGAGGAGCAAUAGAAAUAGGAACUUGUGUCCUAAAGUUUCUUGAAGAAGUAGCCAAUGAUCGCCCAGGUUGUGAUAUCAUAUUCUAUACGGACAAUUGUGGAGGGCAGCAAAAAAAUAGAUAUACAAUUGGAAUGUAUUUAUAUGCCUUAAAAAAUUACCAAAUCAAUUCCAUAACGCAUAAAUACCUAAUACGAGGGCAUACCCAGAACGAGGGGGAUGCAGUACAUAGCGUUAUUGAAAAGUCUUUAAAGAAAUUGAAAAAAUCGGGCCUCAUAUAUGUCCCAGAACAAUAUGUGUUCAUGAUAAGAAAUGCAAAGAAAAAAGGAAAUUCUUACAUAGUGAAGGAAAUGAAUUUUAACGAUUUUAUAGACCUUAAACGAUUAAGCCAGGAACUUUAA